UAUAUAAUAUCGUCAUUCGAACAACCUUUGCGUUAUUGUUUCUUCUUGUUAUUUUGACGUUGUAUUACAACUCUGUACUCUCUCUCUCUCUGUGUCUCUCUUGAAGGAAAGAGAGAGAAUUCAAUGAAGAAUAAUCAGCAGAGCCAGAGCUCAAUAGUGGCGACAAUCAAGGUCUUCAAUUCCCCAAUCAAAAACCUCGUAAACCUCGUCACGAUCCUCGUAUUCUUCGCCUGCGGCUUGACGUGCGGCGUUGUGGUCUCCUUCUACGCCAAGAGCCUGCCGUGGAGCCUCCGAGGCGUCGACGGCGGCGGCGGCGCGGCGCGGCUCAAUUUGGCGCCGCCGCGGGAGGAGCGGCUGGUUGGGCUGAAGGAGCUGUUGAUGGCUCCGCUCGGCGCCGCGCACAACCUGAGCGACGAGGAGCUGCUCUGGCGAGCGUCGAUGAGUCCGAGGAUUGAAGAGAUGCCGUUCCGGCGCGUGCCGAAGGUGGCGUUCAUGUUCCUCGCCCGCGGCGCGUUGCCGAUGGCUCCGCUGUGGGAGAUGUUCUUCAGAGGUAACGCCGGCCUUUUCUCCGUUUACGUCCACUCCGAUCCUUCGUAUAAUGAAACGGAGCCGCCGGAAUCUGUCUUCCACGGCCGGAGAAUUCCCAGUAAGGGAGUGGAAUGGGGCAAGGCCAACAUGAUCGAAGCUGAGCGGAGAUUACUAGCAAACGCACUUCUUGAUUUCUCCAACGAACGGUUCAUUCUCUUGUCAGAAGCAUGCAUUCCACUAUUCAAUUUCUCCACAAUAUAUUCUCAUGUGAUGAACUCCAACGAGACCUUCAUUGAGGUCUACGACUUGCCCGGCCCGGUUGGCCGGGGCAGAUAUAGCGCGCAGAUGAGCCCAAUCAUUAAACUUAAGGAUUGGCGAAAAGGAUCCCAAUGGUUCGAAAUGGACCGUCGCCUUGCCCUCGAAGUCAUCUCGGAUAAAACUUAUUUCCCGCUCUUUCAAUCUUACUGCACAGGUCCUUGUUACUCUGACGAGCACUAUUUGCCCACGUUAAUGAACAUAAAACUUGGGCAAGGGAACUCAAAUCGGACCUUGACUUGGGUCGACUGGGCGAAGGGUGGCCCUCACCCGACUAAGUUUAAUCGGAACGACGUGACUGUGGAUUUUCUGCACAAGUUAAGGAACGGGAGCACGUGUGAGUACAACGGGGAGAAGACCACAAUGUGUCACUUGUUUGCUAGGAAGUUUACUCCCCAUGCUCUAAGUAGACUGCUCAUUUUGGCACCAAAGCUUAUGCAAUUCAACGGAUAUUGACAUACUGAAACAAUGUCUGAAUUGUGUACAUUCAUUAUAACACCAAAUCGGAACUAGAUUAUUGAGAGAGUGCAUACAUUUUUCAACAAUCAUCUCGUGACCAAUUGUUCAUAAUCUUGAUUGGUAAUUCUUUUGUUGUCUGCUCAUUUCAUUUGUAUUUCAAUCAUUAACCAUUACUAUAUAUGUUACCUCAUGGAAAUUAAAAUGAGAAAGAAGUGAUUCCUUUUA